UAUAAAAAAUUACACUUAAACAGAAAGUUUCAUUGUUUUCUGCUGUAUAAUGAGUUUAACCAACGUAACUCAUUACGGAGGCUGCCACUGUGGUCAAAUUCGUUUCAAAGUAAUAGCCCCCUCGACCGUAAUUGUCUUUGAUUGCAACUGUAGCAUAUGCACGAAAAAGCAAAACAGGCAUUUCAUCGUUCCGUCGACCGAUUUUACUUUGCUCCAAGGAGAGAACCAUCUGACGACAUACACUUUUGGCACACAUCAAGCUAAGCACCAGUUUUGCAAGACAUGUGGUGUCCAAAGCUUCUAUGUACCGAGAUCUAACCCUGACGGAAUAGGGUUAAUGCCUCACUGUAUUGAUGAAGGCACAAUUGCGGAAGUCCUCACUAAAACGUUUAAUGGUCAACAAUGGGAAGAGAGCAUGGGAAAAUUUCCAGAGAUAAAAAAAUUUUCUCAACACCCAUCAACAAACAAGAAACGUAGAGCAGAGAUCUCGGCAUAAGUGCAUCCACCAAGGAAGAAGACUAGCGUGACUUUUGUUUCUUCAAUCGAACUGUGAAUACUAUUCUUCGAAUUUCCUAAAACCAAAAACAUAAGAAAGUCAUUAAUAAUUUCAUCAAGAAUGUAAUACUACUAACUUCUUAAAUCCA